AAGUCAUUCGGAGUUAGCCCAUCUUAUUCCUAUUAUAUUAUUCUAUGCACAGUAUUAUUACACGAUUUUGCGUUGCUCUAUACUCUUUAUAUGUGUAUACGUAUAUACAUGCAUUCCGUUUGAUUGAAUCGCAUCAAUCAGUCUGUUUAGUACGGUCAGAGAGUGUUAUUCGUGCCAGUGGCCGGUGUGUGAAUUUCUGUCGCGGAUGCGCUCGCCUUCUUGUCCUCUCGUUGUACUGGCGCCUUCUUGCCGUCAUCGCCGCGGUAUCUCUAAAAUACGUGCAUCGCUAGAAGCACCACAAUGUCAGGACACGAGCCAAUGUUCAUAGCUACGGACAGCAUCGAUGGUAUCUGGCCCUUUCUGCAGAGUAUUGAUUGGAGAGAUCCAUGGCUAGCUGUGUUAAUUACUUUUCACAUAGUCAUCACAAUGACUGCAUUAAUGACAAGGAAUCAUGCAAAUUUUCAGAUAAUUUUGUUUCUUAUAUUAUUACUUCUGGUUUAUUUCUCAGAAAGUAUUAAUGAGGUUGCAGCAACAAAUUGGAUGGUAUUCUCUAGACAGCAAUAUUUUGAUUCCAAAGGUUUAUUUAUAUCUGUCGUCUUCUGUGUACCUAUUUUAAUUAAUUGUAUGAUUAUGGUGGCCAGUUGGCUUUAUCAAUCCAGUCAAUUAAUGACGAGCCUAAAACGUGCCCAAUUACUACAACAGGCAAAAAAUCGUCAGUUAGAUGGCGAAACGGCAAACGGCAAACUGACUACGCGACCGAAACACGAAUAAAAACAUCUAGUCAUAAACGUGGUAGAAUAAGAGAAAGUGCAGGGCAUAUGUUUUCUUUAAUUUGAAAACAAAAUGCAGAUUAUAUAUUUACGAUAUAUAUAUAUCGAUAUGUAUAUCGAUAUAUAGCUAGAUAGAUCUCACAGAGUGCUGUGUAUAGUUGGCCAUUGUCAAUUCAAUGAUCGCUCCGAUGUCAAUCGCGUACCGUUAAUCAAUCUGAAAAAGAAAAAAAAUAUAAAUAUAUCUGUGCAAUCACAGAAUGAUAAUACACAAUGGAGUUGCUAGUCAAGUUCUGUUAAAAUGUGUCUUAUCGUGCCGUAUUACAACAAUUUUACGAAAUUAAACCAUCUGAUGCAGGAAAUAAAGGUAGAAAGAAAAUCAAUAUAUAAAAAAACAAUAACUACGGAUAAGCAUGCAUGAUAAUGCGACAAAACAUGCUGCUAUCUUAACGAACAUUCCGGUAGUUUGUUUUUGUUGUUUUGAUAUUAAGAUACAGAUCGCAUCUUAAUUAAAUCAAAGUGUUCUUAAUGUAUAAUUAAUGUACUUAUUACAUAACGUGUAGUGCAGAUACAUCAUUACAUUUUUACCAUAAUAACCCCACUGUAAAGAAAUAACAUAUGAUUAAAGGCCCUAGUAUAUAAAUAAAAUGUAUGUGUGUAUGCGUAAGAGUGUGAAUGAAUACAUGAAUUCUGCUAAUACAAAUAGCCUUUUGAAUUGUGCUUUUGAAAAACAAACAGGAUGUCCAAAGAGUGUUAUGCUUGAAUUGUAUAUUGAUGUAAAUUGAAACGCAUUACCUUGCCGCUUUUAUAUUUAAUACAUGUUUCAGCGUUUUAAAAUAAUAAAAUAUUUGUUUACAUACGACCAUA